UUCAAGAUUCAGUUCACAACACUUAUAGUACACUCUGUAUUAACAUGAUGCCUGCUAAUGGAGAGAUCUUUCUAGUUACAGGAGGCAACGGAUUUCUUGGUCAAGAAAUCAUAAAACUUCUGAUUGAAGAAAAUCUCUCAGAAAUCAGGAUAUUGGAUAAAGUGAUAGAACAGGCAUUUGUAGAAGAUUUGCAAGCAUUGACUGGAGGUCGAAUUAAGGUGACAGCUUUUAUAGGAGAUGUGAGAGAUAAAGAGGUCCUGCAAACAGCCUGCGAAGGAGUGACCUGUGUUAUUCACACUGCUUCUGUGAUUGACGUCUGGGGUUACAUCAGCAAUGAAGAGCUAGAAGCCAUCAAUGUUAAAGUGCAAAGACUGAAAACAGCCAGCUUAUGUUGUACAAGAGGAACAGAGCACUUAAAAAUUAUGGAAAUCAGAAACACAGCAAGAGAAAAUAUUCAGCAAAUUGAAUUAAUCAUUAAAAAGAAGGAACACCAAUAUUGUAAUUCUGAAGAUUUCCAAAAUGAUUUAUAUUUCUCUGUAACCAUCAAAAUCAAAUUUAUGUAGCACAGCAUAAUGAAUAUUCUGAAUGCAAUUAAAAUGAUUACAUUUCCUCAUAAUUUUCAGUUAACUGUGACUUUUACACUUUAAUCACAUUUGGAUUUUAAUUCAUAGUGCAAUGAAAAUCUUAUAAUGAUAGGUCGAAUUGAAUUAACAUUAUACUUUUCGCUUUUCUUUUAACUGCACAAAAAGAAUUGACCUUUGUAUUUGUUAGGUUUACAGAGUUUUUUAGAAAUAGCCCAUAAAAGAAAUGAAACACGGGGGACCAGGCAUCAGGACCAGAUGAGAUGGGCAUUUUACCCCACAAGGAUAGAAGGCACCUUUCGAGAACAAUUAAGGAUGAGCAAUAAAUGCUGGCUGAGGCAGUGACAUGCACAUUCUAUGAACAAAUAAAAAGGCCAUAAGGUGUAGAAGGAGAAGUAGGCAUUUUGACCCAUUGAGUCUGCUCUGCCUUUUGAUGAGAUCAUGUCCAAUCUUAUAAUCCUCAGCUUCACUUUCCCUCCUUGUCCCCCGUAGCCCUUGGGAAAAAAAAAGUGCUCAUUCUUUCUAUGGCUUGACGAAACUUUUUAAAAAAUUAAAUAACGUUACCAUAUUAACUCUCAACCUUUGCCAGCCAGGGAUUCUGAGUUUUCUCCAAAUGUUAACCACUUUGAAAAUGACCACAAAUGAAGAAGGGCUCAUGCCCGAAACGUCGAUUCUCCUGCUCCUUGGAUGCUGCCUGACCUGCUGCGCUUUUCCAGGAACACAUUUUCGGCUCUGAUCUCCAGCAUCUGCAGUCCUCACUUUCUUUACAAAUAAUCACUGCCUGGAAGCAAUAAAAUACAUACAAAACCUAUCCAAAGUCUUCUGGUUUUGUGCCCUGUUUUAUUAAGCAUUUGCAUUGUUGUCUGAAGCUGAGACAGUUUUGGUGCUUCUCCCUGCGGACCGAGUCUUACUAGUGAGACUGAGCUUCAUCAAUGGAAUGUAGGAGCCAAUUAAUUAGGUUUAGUUUUGCUUUUAUUCAUUUUAUUUUACAAUACAGCAAGUUAUAAAAAUAAUCAUAAAAGUAUAUGCAAUCAGUUAGAAUUUACUCAUUGAUGUUUUAAAAUCAUUGGAAUUUACUUAUGGUUUCUCAGUGCAAUUGAUGCUGCAGAAACAUUACCAAAAUAAAUUUCAUGUAAAUAUGGGCCCUUGAAUCAUUUUUCUCUUGUGUCCUUUCUUUAAUUUGUAAAUUUCAUAAAUAUCUCAAUAAAUUAUAA